GUUUAGCACAGAAUUCAAGUGUCCAUGGAUGUCAUACAAAUUAACGAAAAGAAUUAUAUGAUGAUAAGAACACACUAAAGGAUGAUUCGAAUUCAUCAUUUAACUUCGUGGGCCGAACAAGCCCCUUCCACAGAUUAAGUAUGCCGCUCACAACAACGGAACGCGCAUCACUAUUUUUGUAUUGUAAAAUAGUACAAAAUCAAUCUGACUUAAGAAAAAAAAAUCAUACUGACAUUCCUAAUGUCUAGCAAAAAUCAAAAAUGGCGUAAACCUCAACAACCAAACAAAUAACAAUAAUAGUGUUUUCUCAAUAAUCUUCUUCUUUCAGUUAAAUUAUAUUGGACAAACGUGAAGAUAAAUUGCCAAAGUUGUAAUGUUAUUCGGUAUGCGUCGGUCGUGAGACGGGCGAUGCUGCCGCUGCGGUUGCGGCGCGUGGGCGGGCACGACGGGCGCGCCAACGACGUGCUGUUCCACCCGCCCGCGCGCCCGCCGCCCGCAAGCGCGCCGCCGCACCCGCAAGCGGUGGUGUUCUUCGGCGGCGACGUGCAGGACUAUCCGGAAGUGAUGCAGGCGCACCGCGACAACAGGCACUAUGUCAAAUGGAACCUCGAGAGUACGGCGCGCAUGCUCGCACACGACUUCCCCACGCAGUUCAUACUGGUCGUGAAACCCGCUAGGAUAGAGUACAAAAGCUUCAGCUGCUACGACAACUUCGUACCCAGCAACAACGCGGGCGUGCCCGACCACACGCCGACCCACAGUGCGCUCCACCACCUUGAAAGGUUACUACAGAGUGUCAGUAACAGGAUAAAGUCGUUGCCCACCGCUGAACUGCUAGAAGCAGUUUCGACUGUCACACUACCGGAGGAUAUUGACAUUGAAGAGUUACAUAACGCGUCCAUCCACCGCUCGGGGGAGUCCAGGUCGAACGGCUCUAGCAGUCAGGCGCACGCGUCCGCCGCUCACAAGCCUGAUUCCGACCCACUAUGGUGGCGGGAUAAACUGGCGUUAGACGAGUGCUCUCUGACCCUUGUGGGGUUCAGCAAGGGCUGCGUGGUGCUAAACCAGCUCAUCUACGAGUUUCACUACACCAAGACCCUGACUCCUGGGGACGCGCAUAUGAUGAGGUUUAUGUCCCGCGUGGCGGACAUGUACUGGCUGGACGGCGGCCACGCGGGCGGCAAGAACACCUGGAUCACGUCGCGCAGUCUUCUGGAGACGUUGACGAGGCUCGAGGUGAACAUGUUCGUGCACGUCAGCCCGUACCAGGUGCAAGACGAGGGCCGGCCGUGGAUCGGCCGCGAGGAGAAAGCUUUCACCGGCCUGCUCAACAAACUCGGCGCGAAGGUGCAUAGAUACCUGCACUCUCAAAGCGACGCGCCUCACUCACUUCACAUGCACUUCGACGUGCUCGCCAACUUCAAGAGAGUGCAAGACUCCACGCCGCACUCGAUGCCGGACUCGUCGGACGAGGAGCCCUAACUACUCCGCGGGACAAACGCUAAUCGCAUGCGGAAUGUCGACCGAAACUUUGCGUUAUCGCCAUCGCUGAUUUACGUAGACGUAUCGCCAUUUAGCGUUCCGAUAUCCCGGAAACAGUGGCGUGCAUUGCAUAUAUGCAAAUAAGCAGUGCAUACCCUACCCUCAGGGUCAUACAGAGCCUUCAGAUAGGACCGAUAAAGUUUUGUAACUAAAAUGUGCUAAACACCUUGUGAAGAAAAUCUCCAGUACGAGUUAUAAAUACUUAAGGAUAGGUAUUGUAAGAGUUAUAAAAAGCUUACCCUAUAAGUAUUUAUAAUUGGUUAUCGUAGAUUCAUUCAUUUGAUUUCAUCUGCAUAUCCUGUGCAUACUCUAUGCACGCCACUGGCCGGAAUAAGUAUUUUUUUAGUC